UCGUGAUACCCAAUGGUACGGAAGGGCACUUAGCAACGUGACGUCACCCAAACAAAUUCAAAAUGGCGGCGAGCCAGCAUUGGUUUCAAGAACUUGGAUGUUUUUGACGAUUUCAGCGACUAUUUAAAGGAAUACGAAGCUUUUGAAGAUCGCAACAGCCAUGGCAACAGAUCUGCACGGAACCGAGCAGAUGUACAACAGGAUCAUCGGCCCCAGAACCAACGCUCUCAGUGUCGACCAACACAAGAGCCGACAUGGCAUCCGGCUGCGCAGUAUGAGCUUUCCCAGAAAAAACAGACGAGGUUUACGAUCUCCGUCCUCCCCCGCGCUCUCCAUGACAACGCCCAUGGCGACGCAACUCGUUCCCAUGGUAACGUCAUCGUCCACGUUGCUACAACGGGAAAAGUCGUUUCCCGGGCCGACCCGUAGUGGAAUGGCUCCCACGCCAACCUCAAGAGCCGACACCCCUGAGCCGGAAAUCGUAGAAGAAGUGUUUCCGAUACAGUACCCGUUACUACAUGACGAGAUGAACAGACAACGUGCAAUCGCCGCUCAGAGCUUCAGCGCGGGACUCAAGAUCAAACAGGUCCCGCUACCGCAGCUGUACAAACAGGAGAAGGACCAACCACGAUCCAGAACGCCGUCUGCGAGGGGCGUACGCACCGUACCCGUUUAUAAGGACAGGGAGACGCCAAGUCCCGCGCCCCAGGCCACGACCUCGCGUCUGUACCUGCGGGACACUCGCUCCCCCAUCAGGAACAUGAGUGAACAGCAGCGGAGACUACAGGACGAGGAGAAGGCCAGGAUGAGGACCAAGGUCAUGAAGAGAACAGCAGAGAUCGUGUCCCACCGAGUGGACCGGAUGUACUACAUGAUGGGGUCCAACGUCCCGCUGCUGUACCGGUACCAGGUGGACGAUGACGAGCUGAACCGCCUGCGGGAACUGUCGCAGGCACGGUCCAGUACCUCGCACUACGGCAGGGGACUCAGCAGUGGAAUGGGAAAAUAUAAGCAGUGGUCCCCGGAAAUGGCACCACAAGACUACCAAGCUCCCCCCGACAACCUGCCUGGUGCGGCCACUAUCCCUAUCAUCAGGCACGAAGCAGAAGGGAGUAGUGAGCAGUUAAACAGCACCAAGAAACAUCCCAGUCCUGUGAGCAGUAGAGCCUCUCCCACAGCAGAGCACCAGCAGAUGCACAGUAUCCACAUCCAGGUGGAGAGACUCAGUCUGAAGGACGGGUCCGUGCAGGACGGGCCCGCCAGUCUCAACGUCGAGGUCAACAGCUCCCCCGGGGGGACGGAGAAGAACCCCUCUGCAGCGGGGGGCGGGGAAAGGGGGCAACAGGAUGACAUUGGCAGUGCUGCAGAGUCUGUAGCCCUGCCAGGUGAGGAAGAAGAAGAAACAUCAGGUGUUCCUACAGAAGAGGUGUCAGCCUGGCACAGGGCGGGGGAUGGGGAGGGGUCAGAGGUCGAGCAGGAAGAGGCUGUCCAUGGUGCAGGAGAGGCUGAAACUGGUCAGAACCAGUCCCAGCUGGACUCAGGCGGCCCCCAAUUGACCGUCUCUCGCCACUCCACACCACAAUCAGGUGUCGCAGUCAUAAAAAUCGUCCAAGGUGACAGAGGUCCGCGCAGCAGGGAUGAUGUUUUCAACACCAACUUUGAGAAUCCAGAGGAGGAUGAGGGUGAGGCACAACAACAAAUUCAAUCAACUGCACAAUUUGAGGAGGGAGAGGGACAAGACGGAGAAUGGAUUCCUCAGGAUGGCGAGGACGAUGACGAAAAUGAUGAUGAUGAUGGACAUGGCGGAAACAAUGUUGUCGAGGGAGAAUCGUUCACAAGGAGCUAUGGAGAGUUCAAUGUCACGGUCAGAACUGUGGAGAAAAAUGGAGACUCCCUCCAGCCUGAGUCAGGGGACAGAGGAGAGGGGAGGGCGGGGAGGAGAAAACAGGACAACAACAGGACGAUGAUAGGAGGGCUCAGGAGAAAAGGAAAACCAGAGGGUGGCUAUCUGGAACCAGAAGGAUCUAUAGGUGGGAGGGGUGAUGCAGACUUAGCAGCUGCUACAGAAGAGUACUACAGACAGCUGCAUGAAGGGCAGGGUGAUGAGGAGGAGCAGGAUGAGGAGGACACAGGAGAUGGAGCAGGGAGCAAUGAGGAUGAUGCAACAAGGAAGUAUCCAUUCCUAAAGAAGUUCAUGUACACCUUCAUGUCAUCAAGACAACAGCAGAUCUUUGAAAGAAAGUUUGAUGAGAUUGACCUCGAAGGUCAAGGGGUCAUCACCAUGGAAACACUGAAGAGCAGGAUGUUUGGGAACUUGAAAGAGAGAGACCUGGAUCUUCUUAUGAAGGUGUUCGACUUAAACAGCGACAAAACGAUAGACAAGCGUGAGUUUGUGACGGUUGCUGCUCUCAACGACAAGCUGAGGGGAAUAACGGGUGAAAUGAACUUACUUGAUGUAUUUGCUGACAGGGAGGACACAAGUACACUAAGCCCCAAUGAUCCACUGGAGCUGAAUCUUGACAAACUGGCAUUCCACAUACAGGCCUACAAGGAGAUGUUUCAGGUGGUUGACACAGACGGAGACGGGCGCCUGACUAUGGAGGAGAUCAUGCUGCUGCUGUCAGCAGGUGUGGGCACGCAGGUGGGGACAGACAAGGACCUGGUCAGGGCCAUCAUCAAGGUGCUGGACAAGGAUGGAAAUGGCUCUAUAGACUUUGUGGAGUACCUCUCCUUCAUCCCCUUCUUCCUCCACAUCCAUCAGCACAUCGUCAAGCGACCAAUCAGCAUCACCGACGUGGAGAACGCCCGCCAGGCGGUCCAGAAGGCUCUGUCCAGGAGAAGUCUAUGAUCACAGCGGUCACUGUUGUAGUGACCGCUCAAAGGAAAAUGGUCACAGUAGACAGAUGGGCACAGGGUUGUAGCCAGCACCCGUCCUUCCAUCCUUUGACAGAAUUUUGGACCUGGGGACGGAAAAAAUUUUGCCCAUUUCGUCCUCUGUGAUGGACAAAAUCGAUAUGUAAAGAUAUAAUAAAACGGUCUCCCUUGUGUAAUUAUUCACCACAACAGAAGCCGUUGAACAACUUAGUCUACCAGCAAAUCGUACACCUCAAAAUGCAGGAAAUAGUGUUUCAGAGGGUCUAGGUUUCAAAGUCCGGGGGGACGUUGCGCCUAUAGGAUUCAAAAUCAAGGGGACGGAAAAAGAUUUCAGGCUGGCUACAACCCUGGAUGGGCAUGACAGGAUUCUUAAAACUGAAUAUCAAAAUGUAAAGGACCAACAAAAGUGGUCACAUUGCAAUGCAUUGGCCAUGUGGCCUUGUUUGGAUUUGGUCACUUAGAGGUUGUUAAACUGUACAGUGUGGAAAGUGCAUAUAGUAUGGGCUGUAUAUUUUAUUUUUAUUAGUGCAAGCAUUGCUGACAUGUCAUGCUUGCCAUUAAUGUUUUAUUCUAAUUAGGGGGCUGUUGAAGUGUUUGUAAUCAAUAAGUUUUGUUGGAAGUAUCAUUGUUAAGGGUGGUUAUUUGGAAAGUGUAAAAUCACAGCUUGUCUGCAUGCUAUUGAAUGUUGUUUUAAAGGUGGAUACUCAAUAUUUUCAGCAGCAUCAUCUUCACUGCAUAUCAGCAGUCAUGUUUACAUUAGGGCUUGUAGGAACACUACAAACUAGGUUAUUUAGUAUAAUUUUAUCUCAGAUAACAAAGUUUUUUAUUCACAAUCACGUUUUCAAGAGACAUUUCGAUGACCAUCUGCUAUCUUCUUCAGGGCAGUUAUGACCGGUUCACUUUGACCUGCAGCUAGGUGUCAUUGCUAACAAUGCAAUGCCAGUAAAGCACUGGAAUUUUUGCCCUGAAGAUUACAUAUGAUCAACAUUCAAUAUCGGCUCUUGAUAAACAUGAUUGUGGUUGUGAAGAAAGACCUUUGUUAUGCAGUCGUUCACCAACCUAAUGAAACUAUUCAUGAUUGUUCUUUAUCCCAUAGUAAAAAGUGUGUUGCACAGCUUUAACAUGACGUGUGUACUAAAGAUGCGACAAAGUGCUUUUAGAAAUGCCAAUGAUUGCAAUUAUUUUUAUUGUAUAGAAACGCUUCUGUGAACACUUAGAAGGACUUGACAAUCCUGUUAUAAGAAAGACAUUACUUCAUUUAUUUAGUAGCCUGCUCAAAAGACACAUACAAGUCACAUACUGAGUCUUAUAGAACCCUGUUAGAGUGUCUUUUCUAUUAUACUAAUUUAUUAUAAGAGUUGAUUUCUUUAUUAUAUAAUUAUACAUUGUAUUACAGAAUCAUAUUAUUGUGCCAUAUGGGGGUGUAUUGGUGUAAAUUUAUAAUAAGACAAUUUGGAUAAGGCCACACUAAUUUAAAUCCUUCCUUGUCUGGGUUUUGUUCAUUUUUUAUGUGCUGCUUGUAAAGACUGCGUCUGCUGCUUUUCAUUGUUGUACAUAAAUCACUUUAUGACUGUAAUGUUGAACAAAGGAAUUUGUAUAAUGGAUAUCUAAAAUGGGAAGGUAAGGAAGCCACAUUGGAAAUGAAUUCAAUAAUACCAGUGUUACAGCAUUCCAAAAGCAGUGGGGAUUGUAAGCCACAUACGGUAUACUGUAUGGUAUUUACCAUUAUA